AUGGAUACCUCCUCCGUUCUAAGCGACGAGGACUACGACGUCAUCUCAAACCCCGGCCAGCGGUCCCUGGAAUCCAGUGUCGCCGAUUUCGGACAUGUCAUUGCGUGUGGGCCCAUCAGGGAGAUUCCGCCCACAGACGCCGCACGACACACGCUCAGUACAGUGUCACUCACCGCUGUUGAUAUCCAGGCGUACGUGGGGACCGCAGUUAUCGACCGCGGCAGGGAGAGAACGAUCCGCGUCUAUGUGGAUGGUGUGUUUGACGUCCUCGACGCUGGACGUAUGCUGCGUUUACGUCAAGCUAAGCUCUCCUUCGCGUCCGUACACCUCAUGGUAGGGGUCUUCCCAGACGAGGCAAUAUGUCACGUACUGGGCAGUGGCACUGCUACUGCACCCAGAUACCCCCACGUCGAGCGCUGCGAAGCAAUACGACACGUCAAGUGGGUAGAUGAAAUCGUGCCAGAUGCACCAUGGGUACUCGACGACGCGUUCAUGAUCGAUAAACGCAUAGAUUACGUCGUAUUGGAGGAGGGCUCGUCCGUCAAUCCGGAGUUUGACAAGGAGAGAUUGAAAGGGUAUGAUGAGUUGAAGAGAAUUGGUCGGGUGAUACCAGCCCGGAGAACUGUUGGUUUAGUUCCCAAGCUUACUGCACCACCUGCUUCACCACUCAGUCGCUCAGCUAAUGCCACGCCUUACAAGAGCCCAUCGGAGUUGGAGCCCGACACCCUUCCGAAGGGUGAGGGUCGGUCGGCAUCGGCCCUGGCAUGCACAGUGUUGAGCGCUGUUAACUAUUCGUCAUUUAUGUGGUGUCCACAUUGUUGUCCGCGUUUGUACAUGCUUCCGUGUCGCUCCGCCAUCUUAUCGUUCUUGCCAUUCAUGAUUCAUGUGCUAUGAUUCAUUCAACGUAACAGAACUAGCCAAAAAUACAUGUGGGGUGUAGUGGGCUGUGAUGUAAUGCUGUUAUAUUCCGUACAAACACUAGAAAUGUGCGAAAAUCAUGU